CCGCCAUCGCUCUGGCCCCGGCGCUGGCGUUGUCCCCGCGGGAGACUUCCGCCGAGUGAAGCGCGCCGCGGAGUGACAGCGGGCCUCCGGGGAGGGCGUAGACGAGGCCCGGGCGCGUCCCCACGGCCCUCGGCCGCCCGCCCGGCGCUCGUCGCCGCCCCGUUGCUAGGCAGCCGCGUCGGGGCGCGGGAGGCGGGGCGGGCGGCCGGGGAGGGGCCCGAGCCAGCGGGGAGGCCGGGGUAGGGGUGCGGGGCCCGGGGCCGCGAGGGCCAUGGAGCAGUACUGCAUCCUGGGCCGCAUCGGGGAGGGCGCGCACGGCAUCGUCUUUAAGGCCAAGCACGUGGAGACUGGAGAGAUCGUCGCCCUCAAGAAGGUGGCCCUGCGGCGGCUGGAGGACGGCAUCCCCAACCAGGCCCUGCGGGAGAUCAAGGCGCUGCAGGAGAUCGAGGACAGUCAGUAUGUGGUGCAGCUGAAGGCCGUGUUCCCACACGGCGCGGGCUUCGUGCUGGCCUUCGAGUUCAUGCUGUCAGAUCUGGCCGAGGUGGUGCGCCAUGCCCAGAGGCCGCUGGCCCAGGCGCAUGUCAAGAGCUACCUACAGAUGCUGCUCAAGGGGGUCGCCUUCUGCCAUGCCAACAACAUCGUGCAUCGAGACCUGAAACCAGCCAACCUGCUCAUCAGUGCCUCGGGCCAGCUAAAGAUAGCGGACUUCGGCCUGGCCCGGGUCUUUUCCCCAGACGGCAGCCGCCUCUACACGCACCAGGUGGCCACCAGGGUAGCCUGCUGUCAGACUGGUGACCUGGCUGUGACCGCCUGCCCUCCUCCUCACAGAUGGUACCGAGCCCCCGAGCUCCUGUACGGUGCCCGCCAGUAUGACCAGGGUGUCGACCUGUGGGCCGUGGGCUGCAUCCUGGGGGAGCUGUUGAAUGGGUCCCCCCUUUUCCCUGGGGAGAAUGACAUCGAACAGCUUUGCUGUGUGCUUCGUAUCUUGGGCACUCCCAGCCUUCAAGUCUGGCCGGAGAUCACGGAGCUGCCCGACUACAACAAGAUCUCCUUCAAGGAGCAGGCGCCUGUGCCCCUGGAGGAGGUGCUGCCCGACGCCUCUCCCCAGGCCUUGGACCUGCUGGGGCAGUUCCUCCUGUACCCUCCGUGCCAGCGCAUCUCAGCCUCCAAGGCUCUCCUGCACCCAUACUUCUUCACGGCUCCCCUGCCUGCCCACCCCUCGGAGCUGCCGAUUCCCCGGCGUCCAGGGGGCCCUGCCCCUAAAGCCCAUGCGGGGCCGCCCCACAUCCAUGACUUCCACGUGGACCGGCCUCUCGAGGAGUCUCUGUUGGAUCCGGAGCUCAUUCGACCCUUCAUCCCAGAGGGCUAAGACACUGGGCCAGGCCCCAUCCCUGCCCCCAUGACCGCCUGGGCCUCUUGUUCCUCUGCUCCAGCCUGACUUGACCCCCGCCAGCCUUCCCAUGGCCACAUGGGGCCCACUCGAUACAUGGGCCUGCUCCCAGCCAGGUAACGAGGACAUCCAGCCCCAGCAGAGCAGACCCAGGUCAUGUGUCUGCAUGCUGCUGACUUACCCACCAGAAAGAGACAGGCACCCUGCUGCCGAGCCCGCCGGGGUGCUGGUUCUUCAGGCGCUGGCUUCCUGGUCAGGGAUGGUCUUGGUGGGGCUAUUGGGGCAGCACAGAGUGUGAGCUCUCCUCAUGUCAGAAGUGUAAGUGGGAAGGGAGGUUUGGUUUGGUUUUGCUCUCAGAGACAUUAAACACUAGUUCAGUUUUGAGUUUUAUUUUAAAAAUUGUAAGUAGUUCUGCCUGGGGUCUGCCCUUCUUCCCUUCCUGUCAAGGGGAGUGGCUGAGGUAGCAUCGUCUCCUGGCCCUCACUUCUCUGUGGUUGCUGGGAAAGUGACCCCAUUCACGGCUACUCUAGUCCUGGGGGUGUCAUAGGACAGAGCUCCCAUUUGGAGGUGAAGUCAAGGCCCAGUGAUGGCUCAGGUUGAGGACCCAACGCCGUAAACUGGUUUGCCAGCAUGUCUGCCUUCAGGAUAAGAGUGAGCCAGGACCAGAUGGGCCACCACCUUACUUGGAUAUCAAGCAAAUCAAGGGACAGGCAUUCCUGGAACCCAUUUGUUGGUUCAGUAAAUCCCAAUACAACCCCA